AUUAAUCUCUGUUUCUCCUCAAAUCUACCAUCAAUUUGCUUCUUUCUACACUCAUUAAGACCACAAAUAUGGAAGGGUUCAAGGGUUUCCAAUUGUGCUUCAUUGCCAUCUCUUCAAUUGCAUUAUUGAUGUCUGUAAUGCCAGUAUUUGGGCAGAUCAAUGCUGGAUGUACAAACACAAUAAUCACUACCUUCACCCCUUGCUUGAGUUUCAUCACAGGAAGUAGUGCCAAUGGCUCUUCACCCACUGCUGAUUGUUGUAGAAAUCUCAAGUCACUUCUGAGUAGUAGUAUGGAUUGUGCAUGUCUAGUCGUCACCGGAAGUGUUCCCUUUAACUUACCCAUCAACCGGACCCUUUCCCUCUCCCUCCCUAGUGCUUGUAACAUGCCCGGCGUCCCCGUUCAGUGCAAAGCCUCUGGUUCUCCUCUUCCUCCUCCAGGUCCUGUUGCACUUGGGCCAGCUCUUUCUCCCACUGGUGCCUUUUCCCCUAGUCCAACAGCUUCUGCAAUCCCGGAAUCAACGACGGCGGCUCCGGAUCUAGCACCACAACCGGAAACCUCUACAGGAUUACCUCCAGCGUCUUCACCGGUGAGCUCGGAAACUCCAACGAAUACAGGAAUCCGGCCAGUUCUGACCCCAUCAGCUGCCAAUCCCUCUCACAGUUUCUCACCAUCUCUCCUAUUAUUUGUUAUAGGAGUUGUGGUUUUGAAGUGCUAUUGAAUUGAACCUUUCUUUGUCACCCAUGUAAAAUUAUUUCUUCAUUAUUGAAGAAUGUCAUAUGUAUGUGUUUUUCUUUCUUUCUUUUC